AUGGAGGUAAUGACAAACCAGCUGAUCAAGGACUUCACGAUUCUGCAAGAAUUUUUCGUUCAGGCAAAUGCCCCUCCUAUCAACCCUGGAGUGCCCCUCAACCCACCACAAGCAACCUCCUCUCAGGCAAAUUCUCAGGAAACCCCCUCUCGCGUGCCCGUCAGUGCAUCUCAAGCACCCGGAACACAAUCUAAAGCCACAAAUACCAAGAAUUCUCAUGCCAAAGAAAAAGAAAAGUCAACAGAAUCAAAUCCAUCGAUGCCGACUGGAGAUACAUUCUGGACUUCUCACUCUGCUUUGAACCCUCGUGGACUCUUUGCUCAAUUUCAAGGCGCAGACAGUCAAUACAUCAAUGCAAACAAAAGUAACCAACGCAAACGACUGCAUGAUAAUGAAAAUGAUUCAAAAUACCCAGAGCCAAAGAAACAGAUGUCGAACAACAAAGGACCUGAUCCAACAUCCAAGCACAAAUUCUUCUUCAGCCCCGUCCCUGUUAUUGAUACAGUUGCCACUUCCGUCGAGACGGAGGAUAUUUCCGAAGAAGUGGAACGACGAAUCCAGAGAACUCGAGAACGACGCCUGAAGGAAGAAUCUGGCCAGGCAGAGAAGCGAAAGCUGGACUCGAGUGAGAGUGCGUCGUCAUUGAUUCUACCCCCGACCAAGAAGAAGCGGACUUAG